CCUGCUGCGGGUGAGGAUUCUGGCCUGAUGGCUUUUGAUGAAUUCCAGAUUAUCCUGGAUACUACUACGGCCACCUAUAUUAAUAAAGCGCUGGCUUCCACCAUGCGGGCUAUGUCAUCUUCUAUAACACAAGCCCUGGCAAAGGCCUUGCUCCAACCCCAGGGUGCCCAACCUGUCCCAUUCACAACUAUGGCGGCGGGCGCUAUGGCCUGCAAG